UGAACAGUUCCCAACAAGGCCACUGUGACCCUUCAACCCAACUGGCUUCAGAUAUACAGCAGUGAGAAGAUCAUUCUCAGAUGUGAGAUCCAGGGAGGUGGAGACACUGACUGGACGUAUGAAUGGAGCACACCCAGCUCAAACACUCGUUCAACACGCAAGGAAUACAUUAUUAGCAGUGCUACUGAGUCCCACAGUGGAGAAUACAGUUGCAUGGGUAGAAGGGACCAUACCUUAACAGAGUGGAGUGAUGCCAAGAAAUUGACAGUAUUAGUGGAAAAACCUAAGCCCAGCCUGACCCUAGAUAUAGAACGGGGCGUUGGGACACUAACCUGUUCUGUGAAGGACCCUGCUGACUGGGAAUACGACUGGUUCAAACAUACAUCAGAUUCUUCUAUAGCUCGCCCCAUAAGGGGUGUUGUACCAGACAAAGUUAUCAGUGUCUCAGAAGCAGGUCUCUACCACUGCAGAGGAGGAAGAGGAGAUCCAAGGAUCUUCACAGAGGACAGCAAUACAGUCGCCAUUCAACAAACUUUUCACAACAGGCCCACUGUGACCCUUCGACCCAAAAGGCUUCAGAUAUACAGCAGUGAGAAGAUCACUCUCCGAUGUGAUAUCCAGGGAGGUGGAGGCACUGACUGGACGUAUGAAUGGAAAACACCCAGCCCAAACACUCUUACACGCAAGGAAUACAUUAUUGACAGUGCUACUGAGUCCCAGAGUGGAGAAUACAGUUGCAGGGGUAGAAGGGACUAUAUCUUAACAGAGUGGAGUGAUAACAAGACAUUGACAGUAAUAGCAAAUAAACCAAAGGCUGUACUGAGAGCUGACAACAGAGACAUUCCUUUACGGGGCAGUGUGACCCUGACCUGCUCUGUGAACCCACCAUCAUCAUCAUCAUCAUCAUCUGGUUGGAAAUACUACUUCUGGUACAGUGGAGAGACAUCCUCUGAAACCAUGACCACACAAGGUGAUCAAUUCAGUGUCUCACAGGGAGGACUCUACCGGUGCAGAGGAGGGAGAGGAGAGCCAGUUUACUACACAGACUCCAGUGAUUCAAUCCGCAUCACCGAAAAUAUUCCCAUCAAGGCCACUGUGACCCUUCAACCCAACUGGCCUCAGAUAUACAGCAGUGAGAAGAUCACUCUCAGAUGUGCGAUCCAGGGAGGUGGAAACACUGGCUGGACGUAUGAAUGGAGAACACCCAGCCCAAACACUCCUACAAGAGACGAGGAAUACAUUAUUAGCAGGGCUACUGAGUCCCACAGUGGAGAAUACCAUUGCAUGGGUAGAAGGGACCAUUCCUUAACACAGUGGAGUGAUGCCAAGACAUUGACAGUAUUAGCAAAUAAACCAAAGGCUGUACUGAGAGCUGACAACAGAGACAUUCCUGUAGGGGGCAGUGUGACCCUGACCUGCUCUGUGAACCCAUCAUCAUCAUCAUCUGGUUGGAAAUACUUCUUGUACAGAGGAGAGACAUCCUCUAAACCCCUGACCACACAAAGUGAUCAAUUCAGAGUCUCACAGGGAGGAGUCUACUGGUGCAGAGGAGGGAGAGGAUGGCCACUUUACUACACAGACUACAGUGAUCCAGUCCAUCUCACCAAAAAUAUUCCCAACAAGGCCACUGUGACCCUUCAACCCAACUGGCUUCAGAUAUACAGCAGUGAGAAGAUCAUUCUCAGAUGUGAGAUCCAGGGAGGUGGAGACACUGACUGGACGUAUGAAUGGAGCACACCCAGCUCAAACACUCGUUCAACACGCAAGGAAUACAUUAUUAGCAGUGCUACUGAGUCCCACAGUGGAGAAUACAGUUGCAUGGGUAGAAGGGACCAUACCUUAACAGAGUGGAGUGAUGCCAAGAAAUUGACAGUAUUAGUGGAAAAACCUAAGCCCAGCCUGACCCUAGAUAUAGAACGGGGCGUUGGGACACUAACCUGUUCUGUGAAGGACCCUGCUGACUGGGAAUACGACUGGUUCAAACAUACAUCAGAUUCUUCUAUAGCUCGCCCCAUAAGGGGUGUUGUACCAGACAAAGUUAUCAGUGUCUCAGAAGCAGGUCUCUACCACUGCAGAGGAGGAAGAGGAGAUCCAAGGAUCUUCACAGAGGACAGCAAUACAGUCGCCAUUCAACAAACUUUUCACAACAGGCCCACUGUGACCCUUCGACCCAAAAGGCUUCAGAUAUACAGCAGUGAGAAGAUCACUCUCCGAUGUGAUAUCCAGGGAGGUGGAGGCACUGACUGGACGUAUGAAUGGAAAACACCCAGCCCAAACACUCUUACACGCAAGGAAUACAUUAUUGACAGUGCUACUGAGUCCCAGAGUGGAGAAUACAGUUGCAGGGGUAGAAGGGACUAUAUCUUAACAGAGUGGAGUGAUAACAAGACAUUGACAGUAAUAGCAAAUAAACCAAAGGCUGUACUGAGAGCUGACAACAGAGACAUUCCUUUACGGGGCAGUGUGACCCUGACCUGCUCUGUGAACCCAUCAUCAUCAUCAUCUGGUUGGAAAUACUUCUUGUACAGAGGAGAGACAUCCUCUAAUCCCCUGACCACACAAAGUGAUCAAUUCAGAGUCUCACAGGGAGGACUCUACUGGUGCAGAGGAGGGAGAGGAUGGCCACUUUACUACACAGACUACAGUGAUCCAGUCCAUCUCACCAAAAAUAUUCCCAACAGGCCCACUGUGACCCUUCAACCCAACUGGUCUCUGAUAUACAGCAGUGAGAAGAUCACUCUCAGAUGUGCGAUCCAGGGAGAUGGAGACACUGGCUGGACGUAUGAAUGGAGCACAUCCAGCCCAAACACUCCUACAAGAGACGAGGAAUACAUUAUUAGCAGUGCUACUGAGUCCCACAGUGGAGAAUACCGUUGCAUGGGUAGAAGUGACUAUUCCUUAACACAGUGGAGUUACACCAAGAAAUUGACAGUAUUAACAUAUAAACCAAAGGCUGUACUGAGAGCUGACAACAGAGACAUUCCUGUAGGGAGCAGGGUGACCCUGACCUGCUCUGUGAACCCAUCAUCAUCAUCAUCUGGUUGGAAAUACUACUACUGGUACAGAGGAGAGACAUCCUCUGAAACCAUGACCACACAAAGUGAUCAAUUCAGAGUCUCACAGGGAGGACUCUACCGGUGCAGAGGAGGGAGAGGAGAGCCAGUUUACUACACAGACUACAGUGAUUCAAUCCAUAUCACCAAAAAUAUUCCCAACAGGCCCACUGUGACCCUUCAACCCAACUGGCCUCUGAUAUACAGAAGUGAGAAGAUCACUCUCCGAUGUGAGAUCCAGGGAGGUGGAGGCACUGGCUGGACGUAUGAAUGGAAAACAUCCAGCCCAAACACUCCUACAACACACGAGGAAUACAUUAUUAGCAGUGCUACUGAGUCCCAGAGUGGAGAAUACAGUUGCAUGGGUAGAAGGGGCUAUUCCUUAACACAGUGGAGUGAUGCCAAGACAUUGACAGUAAUAGCAUAUAAACCAAAGGCUGUACUGAGGUCUGACAGCAGAGACAUUCCUGUAGGGGGCAGUGUGACCCUGACCUGCUCUGUGGACCCGCCACCACCAUCAUCAUCAUCUGGUUGGAAAUACUUCUGGUACAGAGGAGAGACAUCCUCUGAAACCAUGACCACACAAGUUGAUCAAUUCAGAGUCUCACAGGGAGGACUCUACUGGUGCAGAGGAGGGAGAGGAGGGCCAGUUUACUACACAGACUACAGUGAUUCAAUCCAUAUCACCAAAAAUAUUCCCAACAGGCCCACUGUGACCCUUCAACCCAACUGGCCUCUGAUAUACAGAAGUGAGAAGAUCACUCUCAGAUGUGCGAUCCAGGGAGGUGGAGACACUGACUGGACGUAUGAAUGGAGCACAUCCAGCCCAAACACUCCUACAAGAGACGAGGAAUACAUUAUUAGCAGGGCUACUGAGUCCCACAGUGGAGAAUACCAUUGCAUGGGUAGAAGGGACUAUUCCUUAACACAGUGGAGUGAUGCCAAGACAUUGACAGUAAUAGCAUAUAAACCAAAGGCUGUACUGAGGUCUGACAGCAGAGACAUUCCUGUAGGGGGCAGUGUGACCCUGACCUGCUCUGUGGACCCGCCACCACCAUCAUCAUCAUCUGGUUGGAAAUACUUCUGGUACAGAGGAGAGACAUCCUCUGAAACCAUGACCACACAAGUUGAUCAAUUCAGAGUCUCACAGGGAGGACUCUACUGGUGCAGAGGAGGGAGAGGAGGGCCAGUUUACUACACAGACUACAGUGAUUCAAUCCAUAUCACCAAAAAUAUUCCCAACAGGCCCACUGUGACCCUUCAACCCAACUGGCCUCUGAUAUACAGAAGUGAGAAGAUCACUCUCAGAUGUGCGAUCCAGGGAGGUGGAGACACUGACUGGACGUAUGAAUGGAGCACAUCCAGCCCAAACACUCCUACAAGAGACGAGGAAUACAUUAUUAGCAGGGCUACUGAGUCCCACAGUGGAGAAUACCAUUGCAUGGGUAGAAGGGACUAUUCCUUAACACAGUGGAGUGAUGCCAAGACAUUGACAGUAAUAGCAUAUAAACCAAAGCCUGUACUGAGGGCUGACAACAGAGACAUUCCUGUAGGGGGCAGUGUGACCCUGACCUGCUCUGUGAACCCAUCAUCAUCAUCAUCUGCAUCACCGUCAUCAUCAUCUGGUUGGAAAUACUUCUGGUACAGAGGCAACAAAACCUCUGAACCCCUGACCACACAAGAUGAUGAUCUCCUCUCAAAUGGACAAAUCCGUGUCCCACAAAGAGGACUCUACUGGUGCAGAGGAGGAAGAGGAGAUCCUGUUUACUACACAGAGUACAGUGAUCCAGUCGUCACAAACAGGGCUGUUGUGAUCCCGCAACCCAACUGGGCUGAGAUAUACUCUGGAGAGACGAUCACUUUCACAUGUGAAAUUGAGGAUGGAGGAGACGCUGAGUGGGAGUAUGAAUGGUUAACACCCGACUCAUACACAUCUCAAAAUCCAAGUGAACACAUGAUUAGACCAUCACACAGUAGAGACUACAGGUGUAAGGGCACAAUGAAAAGUGAAAAGUCUUCAACAGAGUGGAGUAACACUUUCACAUUGAGAGUAUCUUCCAGUAAACCUCAGCCUGUCCUCACUGUGUCUCCAUUAUGGCUGAGUCCUGGAGACUCAGUAACUCUGAACUGCAGUGUUACACAUCCAUCUGCAGGAUGGAGGUUCUACUGGUAUAACGCUGUUCCCAAACCAGUAGACAACACCUACAGUUAUGAGCUGCUACCUGGCAGCAUCAAUGGGACUGAACAGGAUUCCUACAUCGUUCAUGGACAGACACACACAGCAGGAUAUGUGUGCAGAGCUGGAAGAGGAGAUCCAGUGUUUCACUCUGACUACAGUGAACCUAAGUUUGUCUGGUCUGGAGAUUUUCAUUCAGCAGCGUCUCUCACAGUGAGUCCUGACAGAGUGCAGCACUUCGACAACGAGUUAGUGUCACUGAGCUGUGAGGGAGACUCCACCAAGUGGAGAGUGAUGAGGUUAUCUGAAUCUGGCUCUCUGGUUGACUGUACUAUCUUGGGGACAAUGACUGGAUCCACAUGCAACAUAAACCAUUCCUGGCUGAGUGGAGUGUACUGGUGUGAGUCUGAAACAGGACAGUUCAGCAAUGCAGUCAACAUCACUAUACAGUACCAGGAUAUUAUCCUGGUGAGCCCUGUCCAUCCUGUAGCUGAGGGACAUCCUGUCACUCUUGGUUGCAGGUUGAAGACAGAAAAGGUUCUUCAUGAUGUGGAUUUCUAUAAAAAUGAAAAACUCAUCAAAAACCAUACCAAUGGGGAGCUGAUUAUCACUGCAGUCUCAAAGUCAGAUGAAGGCUUUUAUAGAUGUAAAGGUAAAGAGUCACCACCAGGUCGGCGGAGUUGGACGUCAAAAGAGAGUUGGAUGUCAGUUAAACAUGUACCAGCGUCCGGGCCUGAAAAGAGCUCUCCAUUUCCUGUGCUGUUGAUUGUUGGACUGGUUUGUGGAGUUUCACUGAUUAUCCUCCUGCUGCUGUUUCUGUACCGCUACAGAAAGUCAAAAGAUUCAUGCUUUAUGAGGUCUCAGAACACCAGUCAGGGUCCUGCUACAGACCACAUGAUCAACCAGGAUGAAACUCAAAACGGAGAAUAUGCUUCUGCUCUCCAUGGUCCUGCUCGUCUCUAUGAAACAAUCAAAGGCGCUGCAGAACCUGAAAUUGAUGAAUCCGGGGAUGUCACAUAUUCUGUGGUUGAGCUUAAAAACAUUGCUAAGAAAGGGAAGAAUGAACCAGAGGAGAGCACCGUUUACUCCAAAGUGAAGAUGGCUUCAGCUGCUGACGACAAUGUGAUGUAUGCCCAGGUACACUCCCACACUAAAGUCAAGAAAGACAAAGGAAAAUCCAGUCCUGCAGAAGCGGAAGAGGCUGUUUACUCUGAAGUCAAACCAGGAACAUCUCGUGAUCAAUAAAGACAUCUGUCUGGACAAAACCAAUGGAAUGGAUGACAACAUGAAAACAAAAUCUUUGUUUUAACAGUAUUUGGAGCUUUUAUGUAAUCAUUUUGUGCCUCUCUGCUAUCCUCGCAUCAGACAGUAUUUUGUACAGUUAAUUUAAUGUAAGAUAAUUUAAAAGAAAGAAAAGAAAAAAAAGACAUAUACCUUCAAUUUUAUGUAUUUUUAAAUGUUUGGUUGACCAUUUUAUGCAUCAAUAAACUUUUAUUCCAGCA